AUGAAGACAACCUCAGCGAAUACGAAGAAGCGAUCCAGCUCAGUGAAGACGAGCUCAGUGAAGUGUCCAAAGUCCGAGGAUUCACAACACUUUAGUGUUACACUCCACCAUGGGGGUGAAUUUUACAGGGUUUUUGAAGAAGAAAUUAUAUACAGAGGGGGUACGGAUACGACAGUUAAUGGGAUACAUGUUUCAAAUUGGAACAUGGAUAACAUUGAGAAUGCGGGAGCCUUUUCUCAGCAGAAUGCCUGGUAUCUGCAUAAUGGAUAUGCCAAUGAAGCAAUUUCCACUUUUCAAUGGAUGAAAUUAGAAAACGUCAGGCCCAGUUUAGUCACAUUUGCGAUCAUCCUUCCUGCUGUAUCGUAUUUGACAGUAUUAAAAGAGGCGAUGGCUUUUCAUGCCUGCAUUAUCCGAAUGGGAUUUCCAUCUAGCAUCCUUCUUGGAAACAGUCUCAUAGACAUGUAUGCUAAAUGUGGUCAACUUAGUUAUUCUGAGAAAUGUUUUCAUGAAAUGGAAAACAAAGACACUAUCUCAUGGAAUGCAAUGCUUUCAGGAUAUGCAAUGCAUGGCCAAGGUGAACGCGCUGUCACUCUUUUUUCACUAAUGCAAGAGACUAAUGUUCAUGUUGAUUCUAUUUCGUACAUCAGUGUAUUAUCUGCUUGUAGACACGCUGGUUUAAUUCAAGAAGGAAGGAACAUUUUUGCCUCCAUGUGUGAAAAGCACCAUGUUGAAUCCAAUAUGGAACACUAUGCAUGCAUGGUUGAUCUUUUGGGCCGUGCUGGUUUAUUUGAUGAAGCUCUUAGUUUAAUUAACAAAAUUCCAACAGAACCAGAUGCUCAAGUUUGGGGCGCCCUCCUGGGAGGGUGUAAAAUUCAUUCGAAUGUCACAUUAGGAGAGGUUGCCCUGCAUCACCUUGUUAAACUUGAACCGAGAAAUGCAGUUCAUUAUGUAGUUUUGUCAGAUAUUUAUGCUCAAUGUGGCAAGUGGAAUGAGGCCAGAAGGACAAGAUUACAUAUGAAUGCUCAUGGCUUGAAGAAAAUUCCAGGAUAUAGUUGGAUUGGAGCCCACAAACAAGGUUUGUGUCUUUCUUGCUAG